AAUAAACCGCCUCCGCCCGCUUAUUUUAUAGCGGAAUCGCCUCUCUCUCUCUCGAAGCAUCUCCAAAACCCUAGAAAAAAGUUCCCGGGGUAUCGGCGCCUCGAUCUUGCCGAGGGGAAAUGGUCGUCAUCGAGCCGGAAGAGAGCAAAGAAGCGCCGGAGAGCCGGCCGGAGCCGAGAGGUCCGGAGGCUUCGGUGGCCCUAACAGAGGAAGGAGCCGGCAGCGAGGACGAAGCUUUUGAGGACGCGCUGACGGACGAGCAGUUGAAAGAGAAAGCUCUAAAUCAAGCAAAUGAUGCAAAAGAAGAAGGAAAUAAACUUUUUAAGGCUGGGCAGUAUGAAAAUGCCCUAAUGCAAUAUGAACUUGCGUUGCAAAUUGCCUCUGAAGUGCCUUCAUCUGAAGUUUGUUCCAUGUGUCAUGCAAACCGCGGCGUAUGCUUCCUGAAAUUGGAAAAAUUUAAUGACACUAUCAAGGAAUGCACAAAAGCAUUGGAGUUGAAUCCUUCAUAUAUAAAAGCACUGCUCAGAAGAGCAGAGGCACAUGAAAAGCUUGAACACUAUGAAGAAGCUAUUGCAGACUGGAAAAAAGUCAUGGAGUUAGAUCCUUCAAAUGAUCAAGCUAGAAGGAACAUAAGACGGUUAGAGCCUAUUGCAGCAGAAAAACGAGAGAAGAUGAAGGAAGAGAUGAUUGGGAAGUUGAAGGAGAUGGGAAAUUCUGUUUUGGGACGUUUUGGAAUGAACCUUGACAACUUUAAAGCUGUAAAAGAUCCAAAUACGGGUUCAUACUCCAUCCAAUUUCAGCGCUAGGCAAGAAAGUUGGAAGUUGGAACACAUAGCCAAAAGGAAAAAGAUGUAUAUCGUUCUUAUUGUUUGAAUGUGAAUUUGGACAUCUGGUAAUGCGGUGUUGGCUGCUUGUUCUAUUUAUACUGGACAAUAGUCCAUAGUUGUAUCUCUUUCUGGAUGAAACAGAUCUUUUAUGUGCUGUGAUCAGUAUUUCCUUUAUUUCAUGCUGUGGGUCUUCUGCUCGGAUGAGGAGCAAGUGUGCUUGAGAUGACAGAAUGUAUGAAAUGAUAUGGUGCGAAAUUUCCCCAA